AUUCUGGCCCGUUCGUGUAUAACCUUUCCCCGCAACCAGCAGCUCAGCCUACCACGGCGGCGCCACCACCGGAGAACCACCAUGACCGCCCUAAUCCGCCGAGCCCCAUCAAUUCUUCGCUCCAAGUUUAACAUCCGAUACUUCCUUUCACCCGCGGCGCGUCACAUGGAGGAGACCGGUUUAUACGGAUGCCAUCAUUUAAAAACCCCUAAGGGUUUUCAACGCAUCGUAGAUGACGCCAUUGAAAGGUCUAAUGAACUUGUUGGCUACAUUUCCCGAAUGCCGUCUGCUUCUGAAAUUAUUAACGCCAUGGAUGAAAUAUCAAACACAGUAUGCCAAGUUGUGGACUCCGCAGAACUAUGUAGAAAUACACAUCCAGACAGGGAGUUUGUUGAUGAGGCAUUGAAGGCAUCAAUGCGGAUUAAUGAAUAUCUACAUUAUCUCAAUACAAAUCUUACUCUAUAUGAUGCGGUGGUGAAAGCUGAAAAAGAUAAAACUUUGACAAGUGAAGAAGCUAAAAGAGUUGCCCGUGAUCUCCGCGUUGAUUUUGAGAAGGGUGGAAUUCAUCUGUGUGCAGAAAAGAAAGACCGAGUGAGUCAGUUAAAUGUUGAAAUUGCUAAAUGCUGUGCACAGUACAAUGAAAAUAUAGCUAAGGAGCCAGGUUAUGUGGAUGUAUAUCCCGCGUCACUUAUUCCAAAGAACUUGCAUAAUCUAGUUAAGCCUGUUAAUCGGUCAACUUCACGUGGUUCAAGAUUCAAUAUUAGAGAAAAAGGGUUCAGAAUAGUAACAGAACCUAGCACUGUGUCUGCUGUUUUGCAAUGGACACCUGAUGAUGAGGUUAGGAAAAUGACGUAUAUUAAAAGCAAUUCUGUUCCGCGUGCAAAUCUUGGUGUUCUUGACAAGCUAAUUGCUGCACGUCAUGAAAUUUCUCAGAUAAUGGGGUAUAAAUCGUAUGUUGAGUAUGCUUUGCAGUCAAAUAUGGCUUCAUCACCAGAUGUUGUAUCAUCCUUUUUAGUUGAGCUGAGUAAAGCUGUACAGCCCAAGGCAGUUGAGGAGUUUGAGUCGAUGCGGGAUUUUAAAAGGAGAAAAACUAGCCAACACGAUCUAGGAUUAGAGCCAUGGGACGAAGCAUUUCUUGCAAGGUCAAUGAAAUCAUCUGCUUACAACUUGGACUUCUCUGUUGUCUCUUCAUAUUUUUCUCUAUCACAAUGUAUUGAGGGUUUUAAAGUUCUGGUUGAGUCUUUGUUUGGUAUGAAGCUUAUCAAUAUUCCUCUUGCACCCGGUGAAUCAUGGCACCCGAAUGUGCUGAAGAUGGCCCUACAUCAACCCAAUGAGGGAGAUUUAGGGUACAUAUACCUUGAUCUGAAUUCUAGACCCGGAAAAUAUCCCGGCUGUGCUCAUUUCGCCAUCAGAGGAGGUCGCCGAAUUUCCAAAACAGAAUAUCAAAUUCCCGUCAUAGCCCUUGUUUGCAAUUUUUCUAAGUCAAAAUAUUCCACAAAUGUGAGGCUUAAUCACUCUGAUGUGGAUACGCUUUUUCAUGAAUUCGGGCAUGCUCUUCAUUCCUUGCUUUCAAGAACAGAUUAUCAACAUUUUUCAGGUACCCGAGUGGCUUUUGACAUGGCUGAAACCCCUUCAAAUCUUUUUGAGUACUAUGCAUGGGAUUAUCGAGUCUUGAAGAAAUUUGCGAGGCAUUAUUCAACUGGUGAUAUCAUUCCCGAGAAACUUGUUACAUCAAUGCAGGGAUCCAAAAAGAUGUUUGCCGCAAUGGAAUUACAGCAGCAGAUAUUUUAUGCAUCCGUCGAUCAAACAUUAUAUGGUGAUCAAACACUAUCACCAAUCGAUACCACUUCGGUUGUUGCAGAUUUGAGAAAACAGUAUACCAAUUGGAAGCAUGUUGAGGGUACACACUGGCAAACGCGAUUCAGUCAUUUACUGUAUUACGGGGCAGGUUAUUAUAGCUACUUGUAUGCCAAGUGCUUUGCAUCAACCAUAUGGGAAAGAGUAUGCAAAGAUGACCCGCUAUCUUUAGAAACGGGUACUGCUAUCAGAACGAAAUUCCUGCAACACGGAGGUGCCAAAGAUCCGGCACAAUUACUUAAUGAUCUCGCUGGAGAUGGUAUUACAAAGUACCAAAACGGAGGUAUAAUUCCCGACGUUACAAGCCUUUGUCGCGAAUUGAACUUAAGGAAGUGAUUAAUAAAUUAAAUGAGACAAAAUGUAAGAAAAAGAGAACCGGAGGCAGUUAUUGUCAAAGUCAAGGGAUCUUAUACAACAAAUGGAACUGGGUGGGUGGAAGGAGUGAUGUUAAAUUACCUUUUUGCCCCCUUCUCCACUCAUUUUUUUUUACAGAAGAUAAAGAGAACUGAAACCAGUUAUUUCUGGUUUGGUCAAGGAGGUUUACAUUUGUUAUUUUAACUGUAUCAGUUGAUGAGAUAGUAUUUGUUGUGCUACAUGGCGAUUUUGGUUAAAAACCGCAACUUUUGGAGAUGGCCUGAUUUCCAUCAAUAAAUAUUGAUUAUCGGACAUGCGUUGUUAAAGGAAUAAA